GCGGGCGGCGGCCGGGUGAGAGGUCAGGGGUCGGGGGUCAGCGGCGGCCCGACCUCUAUGGCGGCGGAGGCCUCCUGAGCUGGGCCCGGCGGCGAAGGCGGCUCCUCCUGCUCCUCCGCUCCCACCAUGCACAGCCUGGCCACGGCUGCGCCUGUGCCAACAGCACUGGCUCAGGUAGACCGUGAGAAGAUCUACCAGUGGAUCAAUGAGCUGUCCAGCCCUGAGACACGGGAGAAUGCACUGCUGGAGCUGAGCAAGAAGCGGGAGUCUGUGCCUGACCUUGCCCCAAUGCUGUGGCACUCGUUCGGCACGAUUGCAGCUCUCCUUCAGGAAAUUGUAAAUAUUUAUCCAUCAAUCAACCCUCCAACUCUGACAGCGCAUCAGUCCAACAGAGUCUGCAAUGCCUUAGCUCUACUACAGUGUGUUGCAUCACAUCCUGAAACAAGGUCAGCUUUCCUGGCAGCUCACAUCCCUCUCUUCCUGUAUCCGUUCUUGCACACAGUUAGCAAGACACGGCCAUUUGAGUACCUGCGGCUCACGAGUCUGGGAGUGAUUGGGGCAUUGGUGAAAACUGAUGAGCAAGAAGUGAUAAAUUUCUUGUUGACAACAGAAAUUAUUCCCCUGUGCUUACGUAUCAUGGAGUCUGGCAGUGAACUCUCCAAAACGGUUGCUACAUUUAUUCUUCAGAAGAUCCUCCUGGACGACACAGGGCUGGCAUAUAUCUGUCAGACUUAUGAGCGGUUUUCCCAUGUUGCCAUGAUAUUGGGUAAAAUGGUUCUGCAGCUUUCCAAGGAGCCGUCGGCACGGCUGCUGAAACAUGUUGUCCGCUGUUACCUUCGCCUUUCCGAUAACCCCAGGGCACGUGAAGCGCUCAGGCAGUGCCUUCCUGACCAACUGAAGGACACCACCUUUGCCCAGGUCCUGAAGGAUGAUACCACCACGAAGCGCUGGCUGGCUCAGCUUGUCAAGAACCUGCAGGAGGGUCAGGUCACUGAUCCACGGGGCAUCCCUCUUCCUCCGCAGUGACUGUUGGGGGAGGUAGGGGAUCAGGGAAGAAACAGCUCAGGUUUACAAAGAACCAGGAACAGAUGACCUCUUCCACAACAAACUGGGCAUGCCAGCUGGCUUUCAGCCUGCCAGCUCAUAGGACCAUUCCACACAGCCAAAGGGCUGCUCUGUAGCAACGCAGCAUGCCUCUGGGGAUCACAACACCAGCAAAUACUGAUACUGCAGCUUAAGAAAUGAAUAAAAACAAUCUGUAGAGAUCCCCAUCUCUCCAGAAGGCUUGGCUGGCAUCUGUCCCUCCAUUGCCAAGAGGGAUAGUCCAGAAGUCCAUUUUUUCAGCUAGCUCAGUCUCUCCACAAGCGGUAGGUGACACAGGGUGCGUGAUGUGUCCUUCCAGUUCCUUGUCACUCCAUGUUUACAAGGCUGUUUAGAUGAGCAAGCUCAGUAAAAGCUGAUCCAGUUGUUUUAACUGCUCUUCAGACUGCUCCUCAGCUGCAGGUAGCCUGUGGACAGCUUUCUUCCCUGUAAGCACAUCCUUGCUCCUGGCUGUGCAUCCAGCUGGCACGGCAAGCUUCUCUCUUUCUUUUCUUUGGCACAAAGGCAGCAUCCGGAGCUGAGCCCACUGCAGUAUUGGCCCCAAGAGGAGGGUAGGUUACUUGUGAUGAAUCUGUGUGUCAUCAGCUGGGUUCUCAGGGCUCUGGGAGAGGAAAAGACAGCAGGACUGUGGUUCUUGUGCUGUAAAUAGUGCAUUUCCUCAGCUCCUGCAGCUAUAGACCAGUGUUAAGCAGAGGUCUAGCACAGCUAUUGCCCAGCAGGGUUGCUGACUGGUUUGUCAGACACUGCUCGGCGUUAGGGAACCUGCCUGGUGGGGGUCAGCAAUCUGCUCACUGAUGAUCCCCUGUCACAGGACAGCUGAGAGCUCCCAGCUCCAGGUAUUCCAGCUUCUGCCUUUGCUGCUGCCUGAGUGGCAUCCCUAAGUCCUGACCCCUUCCCCUUCCUCCCCAGUUCAUCUGGCAGCCAAGUACAUCCAUUUCAGCCUUGGCAUCUCCCUCAGCCCCACUGCAAUUAAACUGUCUGGACGAAGAGCCACUCACCUGCCUUCCCUGCACUGAGGGGUUAGCGCGGGUGCGGAAGGGGUGAAGCAGCUGAGGAGCUUCUCGGCUCUGCUGCGGCACAGCCUGUUCUGCUUGCACUUGGCUGCGGGCAAGCCUGGGCAGCCGCUUGUCCCCCCUGCUUUGGGUAGCGCUUCUCCCCGCCCCCAGCUGGUUUUGCUGAUCAUUGACAGUGUUGUGCCAGCAGUGUCUUAAAUCCCAUCUGGAUUCCCCUCCCUCUCGUCGGAGCCUUGCGUAACAAGGGCAGAGCACAGCCUCUUCUUUGCUCUCGGGGUCCGCUUUUAUAACCAUUGCCUUUUUCCUCCUUUCCACCCUGACUGUGACAGGGUAGGGUGUGAAAACGCUUCUGUUUUUGUAAAUUCAGAUUAAUAAAAAAUAAAACCCUAGUCAGCA